AGAUGUUGGUAUUGGUCAGUAUAAAGUGACGUGUCGUAAAGUCACGCUUUCGAGAAAUUCCAGCCCAGAGCCAGUGAAUUUCAGCGUAGAUCGUAGAUUGCGUAGAACAGUCGCGGUUGUUAGUGCGAUAGAUUGCGAUUAUCUUCUCCUAACAAACGCAAUAUCGCGCAAGAUAUUGUACCGUUGUCUCAUUUCGUCGUGACAUUCCUUGUCGAUUAUUCACGAAAAUGUCUUUUAUAUCGCCGAUGCCGAGCCAGCAAUUCCUUUGGGAUGUAUUCCAGCGGGUGGACAGGGACAGAUCCGGUACAAUCACUGCGGAGGAGCUACAGCAAGCUCUCUCAAACGGUACAUGGACGCCGUUCAAUCCCGAAACAGUACGUCUAAUGAUCGGUAUGUUUGAUAAAACCGAUCCUGCUACAGGUAUGUUUGAUAAGAAGCAGGCAGGUACCGUCAGUUUCGAGGAGUUCGGAGCGCUGUGGAAGUACGUCACCGAUUGGGAGAGUUGUUUCCGAUCGUUCGAUCGCGACAACAGCGGCAACAUUGAUCGCAAUGAGUUGAAGACGGCUCUUACAAACUUUGGCUACCGUUUAACCGAUCAAACGAUCGACAUGCUAAUACGAAAGUACGAUCGUGCGGGACGUGGUACAAUAUACUUUGAUGACUUUAUACAGUGCUGCAUUGUCCUAUACACUCUUACAACCGCCUUUAGACGACUGGAUACAGAUCUGGAUGGUGUCAUAACGAUUCACUACGAACAAUUUUUGGGCAUGGUGUUUAAUCUUAAGAUAUAAGUUGCACGAUGUCACUCUACAAAUAUUUCAUUCUUUCUUGCCGGUUCGGCAGCAUAUUCAAUACCUAAAGAUACACUAUAAGAUGCCAAAUAAAGACACAAGAAUUUUUAUGUACUAUAUAUGAUAUGGAGAAAAACCCAGAAUCUCCAAAAUUAAUAUUCAUUUUUAUAUUUUCUUUGCAGUAUUAAUUAAAUUUGAUCAGGUUAACGAAGAGUUUAUUGGAAAAUAAAUUAUAGAUUACAGUACAUGUCCGUUUAUUUGAAUAUUUUCGUAAUAGUAAUACUUCGUUAAUAUUACUAUUGUUCUUAAAUUGUUUUAUUUCUUAUAAAAUACAAUUAUACGUGAAAUUCUUGUCAAAUAAUAAAUUUUGGAAGUUCUGAAAUAAUUUGUCAAUUGAACAGAUAAUUUGUGUUAAUAGAGAUAUACUACUAUAUCCAUUUAAGACGUGAUAUAGUCCGUUAAUGCAAGUCAGUUAUAAUAACUUGUAUCUGUUACAGAACAUCACUGAUUAUUAUUGUUUGCAAAUCAAGUUUGAAUGCACUAUAUAUGCGCUUCCAGCAUUACUGUUAUAUGUAUAUUAUGUAAUGAAAAAAUUUCUGAAUAUAAAUGUGUAAAAUGUGCGUUUAAAUAA